AUGUCUUUGCCAUCAAUAAUACCCUUUAAUUCAUCACUGCUGACCACUCAAAGUGGUUUUGCAAAUCUUUCAUCGACGACUAUUCAACCAUCUCCAAUCGAUCAAGUUGCUCAGGAAAUCAAAGACUAUUUCAUUCAACAUAAAGAACAAGUUCCAUUACUCAUUACCGUUUAUUUAUUGUGUAUUAUAUGGAUCAUCUAUUUAAUUCUUUAUCAUUCACGAAUUCAAGGCAUUCUUCUAUCCUAUCUGAUACGUCGACUUUAUUUCAAAGAUUCCGCUGAUGUUAAAUUUGACUCAUUUUCUAUAUCAUUUAUUUCGGGGAAAAUAAUGUUUCGAAAUUUACAUUAUUCGACAACCACAGCCAUGUUACAUGUCAAAGAUGGUUAUCUAAUAUUUCGAUAUUGGUCGAGACAGAGUAAAACGGAGAGACCAGGAAAACCAAAAGUUCGACUAAUUGUUUAUCUCAAAAAUUUGGAUUUACAAUUUUUUAAUCCAGUUACCAAAACAAACGACCAACUAGCACAAGAAAGAGAACAACAGAAAAGAAAUGGAGGAAGUGGAUCAGUAAAUGGUUGUUCGGUGAAAGGCGACGAUGCACAAAAUGAGUCAAGUAGCAAUUUUACAAAACGUCUGAGGAGUUUAUUUCCGGCAAUCAAAAUAAAAAUUAGUAAUGGUCGUUUAUGUGCCGGUCAUGAAAGUUUACCCUAUGGUUUUGUAAUCCGUUUUCAAUUGCUAAGAUCAACAUUAACAACGUUAACUCCUUGUAAAUCGUCAUUAUACGAUUUAUUUACAGUUUUAUAUGAAUGCAAAUAUCAUCAAUUAAAAAUUCAUUUAUUUCCAAUUAAACGAUACAAAGGAACGGGAAUUAUCGAAGUACCACCUUCAUUAGUUGUGGGUAAACACGGAGAUCGUGAUUUAUUUGAAAUAUUUCAAUGUAACAAAGGAGAACUUGAAUACGAACAAGAUGUACCAGGGAAAGUUGUUGAACAGUCAUUAGUAUUUGGUACUGAUGGUGUAUUAAUCCCAGUACCCGAUCCUCUAUGGGAAAUUCGACUAAAAUGUAAUGAUAAAGCUCAAAUAUCAUAUAGUCCAUGGGCAGAUAGACAAAGAGAAUUAUUGUGGGCAUAUUUUUUACCCACAUUAUAUGAAGAAUCAUUGCCAAAUGCUCAACCUCAAAUUGGUCAAAAUCGUAUAUUUAAAAAUGUUCGAUUUUUAAUGUAUUUUAAUCAACCAUCAAAAUUAGAUCUCUAUUUCAAUGAAAAAUCGAAAUUACAUAAUUUACAUGUUGAUUUUAUCAAAGGUUCAAAAUUUGAAUGUUUAUUUCCAUGGGUUACACUUGAACAUGGUUUUGAUUCAUUUAUUAAUAUUUCCAUUUUACAACCACAAGCAAAAACAAAUUUAGCAUUUCAACCAUUAUUACAAGCAGAAAAAGUAGAUAUUAAUUUGGUAAUUCAUUAUCCACGAUUGUGGAAUUCAUUACAAGAUUGGAAAAUUAAUAUUGAUGCUCAAAAAGCAAAAGUUCAUUUUAUAUUUGAACAUAAAAAUUAUUUUGUUGCUCUUCUCAAUGAUUUAUCAUCCAAUUUACCACCUCAAAUUAAUAAAUUUACACCAUUUGUUUAUAACAUAUUGGUGAAAGGAAGUUUAAUUGAAGUUUUAGUACCAUGUAAUCAAUGUAAUUGGAUCGAUUGUGAUUUAGACCAAGCUGAAAAUAAUUUAUUAUCUAUAUGUGCCAAAUCGUUAGAUCUAACGUUUUGUUUACCAUUUACUGAAUAUUGUCCAAAAUCGACACCAAUGGAUCUAAAUAUUGAAGUCAAUGAUAUAUUAGCUCGAUUAGUAAUUCCUGAAGGAAAUCGUUCCCAUUACAUUUUGAAAGGUUUGAAAUCACAUCAAAAAUUUCACACACCAAAUGGAAUAAAAAACGAAUUAAAAUUAGUAUCAGAAUUAGUAUCAGAAUUUGAAACAAAUGACUCAUGUUUUAAUUGUGGUGAAACAAGUGCCGUUAAAAUAAAAAUUCAAUUUCUACUACAUUCUUCAUCACCCGUAGACGUAAAUCGAACAGAUUUACUCUAUGUACAAUGGUUGAAAAGUAUUGGUAAUCGUCAAACAUUUCAUCCGGCUAAAUUAGAUUAUGAUGUAUUCGAUAUUGAAAUCGAAAUUGCACCAUUAACACUACUUUUAUAUGGAAUCUUUUUAAAAAGAUUAUGGUGGGUCAAAGAAAAUUUAUUUGGUUGGGAUCAAAUGUUUCACGAUAUUAAAGAACCAAAAGCAUUGAAACAAUUAGCAAAAUCAAAUCCAAUAAAAUCUGUCAACAAUGAUGUGACGAAGGCAACAACUCUUGUUGUUGAAAAUAUUGAUGAUCAUACUGAUUUUGAUUCAAGAUAUUACAGACCGUUGGCUGUAACUGUACGAGUAUCGAUUCACAAUAUCAUUGCACAUAUUGUACAAUAUACUGAUAAUGAACCAUGUCCAAUUGCAUUUUGUGAACGUUUAUGUUUUGAAAUGACAACAGAUUUAGAUGAAACACGUUUACAACUUUAUUUUCCUCCAGUGCAUUUAUAUUUAGAAGAUACUGUUGAACGAAAUAAAUCGGAUUCUCAUUUGUCUACUGGUUGCAUUACCUUAUCUGGUUUAAUCAUUCGUGGUCAUGCAAUGUUAUCUCAUGAAGGAUUACCACCGGAACGUGAAACUUUAGAAUAUUCAUGGCAAAUGGAUAUUCUUCUAGGAAAAAUAUCGACUCAAUUGACAAUGAUACAACUCGAAAAAUUACUUACUUUUGGUCAAAAUUUUUUUCUAUUAAUAAUGGAAGAUGAAUAUGAAUUAGUUCGAAGUCCAAUUGGUGACAAAACAUCUUGGAUUGAAAAACAAAAAUAUGAUAUUUUAAGAUUUAGUUUAGAUUCACUUGAUUUUAAUUUGGUUGAAGUUGGAAAUGCACUUAAUUUGCAGUUGAGUCCAGUUCGUUUAUGUAAAUGUAAUUUACAUUCAUCUACAUGUUCCGAAGGUUUAACAUUAAAAAUUGGCUCACUUCAACUUCGUCAAUUACUUCGUUUACAUCCUCGUUCAUGGCUUGAAGCCGGUUCAUUUCAAGUAUCAGAAAUUCGUAUUAACGGCAAAUUAGGUAGUCAUCUUCAUUUGACGAGUGAACAAAUAGAUUUUUUAAAACGACAUGAUCAACGAACACAUCGUCUUCAUUUCUUAUGGAAUAAACAACAAACACAACAACAACAAAAACGUUUAUCAACAGCUGGUUUAACUUCUGUUUCUCAAACACAACAACAUGGUGGGGGUGGUCCAACGUGUGCAUGUCUAGGCGGAAGUCCAGCGUAUUAUACAUUAGCCAAUGAAAAUUUUUUCAAAUCAACGUAUUUAUUAUCACAACAAACAAAUUUUGGUAAAAGUUUAUUUCGUCCAGAUGUACAUUUAUUCCAGUCACAUCCGAUUUUUGAAACAAAAUAUGAAUGGAUGACUUAUGACUAUAGACAAAACCAACAAACACAGAGUGAUGAUGAUACAACAUCGUUAAAUAAUUAUCCUUUUGAUUUUUGUGAUCCUACUCUACUUCUUCUAACAAACUCAGCACACGCUUCGCAUCAUGCAUUUCGUCACAGUGUUCCAAAUAAUUUGUUUAUGAAUAACAGCUCAUCACUCUCACGAACAAAUAGUGCUCGAACACCAAGAGUGUCGACAGUAAAUAUUCCAAAACAACACAAACGAUCAUCGUCAUCAAUUAUUGAACAACAAAAUCUUCAACAAGGUACAAGUGGUAGUUCAAGUUCAACAACAAAUGAUGUUUAUUUAACUCCAUCCGAGAAUCUGUCUUCCAACAAUAGUAGUCGUACAAGUUUAAAUUCAACAUUGAAAUUAAAUCAAAUGCUUGACGAUAACUCAUCAAUAUCUUCUUCAUCAUCAGCCAUACCAUCUACAGUUAUUCAACAUACAACAACCACAGAUGGCGAUACGCAAUCAACAAUGACAAGUCCAUCACAAUCUUACACAAAUCUACUUAAACAGUUAAAUAAUAAUAGUCAACAAGAUCCAGCAGUUUUGUCUAGAACAUCAUCCUCAGACUCGCUGAAUAUGUAUGAAGAAAUAUUACAAAAACAACAACAACAAAGCACGGGAAACUUAAAUAGUUUAGAUAUACACCGACAGGGUUCAUCACUCGAAGUUCAACAUGAUGCAUCAUGGAUAAGUUUACGUAAUCAAAUGAAAAUGCCCAUUCAAAAUUCGACGCUAUUAUGCACAUCUUAUAUCCGAUAUUUAUCGCAUUAUCGUUCAAAAACAAGCCAUAUUCAAAUGCCGCCUGUAAAAUCACCACCUACGUCGGAUCCACUUUUAGAAUUUGACUGUGUAUCACAAGGAUUCUCUUGUUCAUUUCUCAUUGAGUCACCGACAUCAUCCACAGCCACACCUACAUCAACUACCACUUCAAAACAACAGCAGCAAGCUCAACGUCCACCAACUCGUACAUCAACAAUAACAUCAACAACAAAUGAUAUUUGUAUCAAAUGUAUAGGUUCUAUAAACAUUCUAUUGACACCAUUAAUUUUAGAAUGUUUAACAACAUAUAUCGAGAAAUGGAAACAAUAUGAAAUUCAUCCACUAUCCGUUUUGGAUCGUCUUCAUUUUGAAGCACAACAAAAACAGUCACUACCCGCUUCUUCUUUAUCAAAUGGUGAUACGGUUAAAACAAAAAUUAGUCUUCAAUUACCAAAAAUUAAUUUAUGUUUAUUACAAGCAGGAUUAGCCGAAGAUAAUGUACAAUUAACAGAAUUAAUAACGCCUGUGGAUAUUGUAACAAUGUCACUGUUCAGUUUAUCAUUGAAACAAAUUCAAAUACAAACAAUUUUAUCCAGUCCCGAUGAAUCGGCUGCUAUUGUUUUUAAAAUUCAAUCACUUACGGGUCAAUUUCGUCGUUUUGAAAAUGAUUUUUCAUCAUUGGAUAAUGUUAAUGUACAUGCAAUACAAUCACAACGAUGUAAAUUACAACUUCGUAUUUCACAAGAUCAACAAACACAUUUACCUGUUCACACACCUACAACAUUAUCAUUCGGAAAUGGAGGUAGUCAACAACGAAAAUCACUAACAUCGAAAAAUUUUGGUUAUGUGAUGAAUGAAUUUGGUAUACAAAAGUUAUGUUUCAAAUUGGUGAAUAAUUCAACAAAAGGACAUCAGCGAAAAAAGACAAUGGAAAAAAGACCGCCAACGGUGACAGCUGUUGAUGAAACAGCAACAACAAAGGAAAAAAUACAUACAAAAGCCAAACGAAAACAAUCAACUGAAGUCUUACUUUUAUCGUCGCCAAUACCAACUCCCUUAUUGUCUCCAAACUAUUCUGUUAAAUCAUUAACAACAUCUACAAAUUCGUCUUCCUCAAGUGUUUUCGAUGGUUCAAUUGAUCAUAUUUGGAUUUCAUUUCCUGAACCACCCCAUAGUUCUGGCGUUAAAGCUCAUCGUAAAAAACUCUUCUCCUAUACUCGAUAUGACUGGAAUUUUCUUUCAACACUUUCACCUACUGUUCUCGGUUGGUUUUGUGUUAUUAAUCGUGUUAAAAAACCUCUUGAAGAACUUUUAUUUUUACGUCAACAACGAAUCGAUUCGAUUCUUGCCUAUUAUCUUAUUGAAACACAGCCAGAUGCAAUAAAAUCUUUAAAACAUUCGAAAUUAUAUGAUCUAUUUACACCAAAAACUAAAUGUUUGCUAACAAACCCUGUUGGCCAAUUGGUUUGUGAACUAAGACGAAGAUUUGGUGAAUUACCGAAAGAAGAAUAUGAACAAAAUUUAGAUUCUAAACAUCUGCCCGAUAUACAAUUGUUAAAACGAGGAAUUAAAGAAGCAUGUAGAGCUUGGGUUCAUCUUUUAAAACGUCAACAUACCACGUCAACAUCGACAACUAACAAUAGUUCUACAGACGGUGACACAAAAGAUACUCCACCUACUCGUACUGUGACUAUCGAACAACAAGCAAAACAUCGUUCACCAACAAUUGAUCGAUUAAAACAAAAAAUUAUCGGUCAUGAGUACGCUUAUGCUCAUACAAGACAAUCAGUUUAUCCUGGAAAAAAAGAUUUAGAAUCAGGUAGUACUAAUGAUGAAACGGUAAGACAACGACGAAUGACAAUGCCAUCGUCACAAUCAGACACAACAAAAUCAGCAACCGUAUUUACUAGACAGCCACAUCGUUCGUCAACAGCUGGCAGUGGUCAAGAUUGUACGAUUGUCAAUAUGUUUGAAAUGACGCCUAUUCAGGAUACAGAUUUGAUGACUGAGUCACAAGAUGAGACAACAAAUCUCAACAUUGGUAUAGAAAGGAGAGAUAGUACAAAUAGUCAACAAAAAAGAAAAACAACAAACUUUUUAGGCGAUAUGGUUCGAACAUUUGCUCCUGUAGUUAAUGUUGAUAAUGCCAACGGUUACAAACGUUUGAGUGGAGAAGAAUCAGAUUUUGAAACAACGGCUAAUUCACCAGCAUCAUCUCAAAUGCCUAAAGAAAAUCCAUUUCAGCAAGAUAAUGAACCAGCAGUUUUUGAUGAUGCUGUUGAACUAGGCGAAUUGACUGAAGAUUUAGAUGAUGACGAUAUUCCAUAUUAUACUGAUGCCGGUCCAGAAUAUUCGGGUCCAGUUGAACAAUUAUUUAAAGUUUUAUUGGAAUAUGCUGGUGUAGAAAUGUCGGUUAGUUCAUCGAUUGAACCUCUGUUUGAAAAACUAGGUCAAACAAUUUUGGCAUCGGUACUUCUAAAAUGUUUUGAUGUAAAAAUUUUACCAAAUGAACCAUUGGGGGUGCUCACAACAACAGGGCAAGCACCAUCAAUGACAACUACAACAAGUGUACCUGUAUUCAAUACACAUCAGAGUACAAUAAAUACAGGUGUUCAUUAUCGUCCUCCAUUUCAUCGUCCAUCAACAUUAGCUCAAUCAACGAGUGAAUUAUCAGUUUUAUCUGUCAAUAGUUUAAGUAUUCAAAGCGUAUGCCGACAACUUCUUGAACAUGAUCAAUUGCAUUCAGCUAAUGUGCAAGCAGGUAUUCGUGUACAACGUGUUCAACAAGAAGUCAAUUUACCGUUACUACGUUUAAUCUAUCAGUUUUAUACAGUAGUUGGUAAUGCUUUGGAAUAUGAGAGCGAUGAAAUAGAACAACAAACACAACCAGAUCAAACACGACAAAAUACCCGAAGUAAUACAUUGGUACUCGCAGAACAAGAUCAACCAUUACCAGGCAGUCGAUUAUCAGCCUUGGAAAAUCUUAUUAUUAAACCAGUUCUUGGUUCUCCACCCACCACAGAUGUAGGUGAACGCCUAUGUUGGAAAAAAUUACGUGAACUUGUCUAUAUUUAUGCUGGUGUACCUGAUGUAAAACAAGUCACUGUUCCACCUCUCAAUACUCGUCAACAACAACCAACAAAACAACGAAGUGGAUCGCAACCACCAGAACCGUCUACAGUUCUUCAAUCAAAUGAUUUAACUACAACUGGAAUACCUUCGUCGCCAAUAUUGACAAAUAAUCAAAAUAAUUCAUCAUUUAAAUUAGUACAUAAUACAAGACUUGGUGGUGAAACAAUUUUGUUAUCAUCAUUUGGAUGGUUGGUUAUUGAUGAAAUUCAUUAUGCAGCAACACUAGGCGGUCUGAAAGUAGAAGGAUGUAUGAGAAAAGCCCAAGGAUCAAUUACAUUGACACAACGAUUAAGAGGACAAACAUUAGUGUCAAUUACUGGAAAUACUAAAAAAUAUGAUGGUUCAUUGAUUGUGCAAAUUGGUUCUACUUCACUGUCAUUAAAAGAAACUCUCACUUCAGCAUUAGAUUCUGGAAAUGUUACUCUCUCAUCCUCAAUGUCAACAACGCAAAGCACUUUUCAUCCAGCCUCAGGAUCAUCAUCAUUUCCAUCGAAACAACAUCAUCAUCCUCGAUUUCAUUCGCCCCUUCAUCAUCAUCAUCAUCAUACACAUCAGUCAACAACGCAAACUCAUUCACCACAAACGUCAGUUCUCGACAUUGUUGUUGGCAAAUCCCAAGCUCUCACGUCAUUACAAACUCGUGGAAUUCAUUUAACUCUAUCUGGUGUCACAAAUAUUGGCUCAAUAACAAUGGAUGUACCACUCAGACCGCAAGAUGUUCAUGAUCUAGUGAACAGAACAAGUCGACUUAUAGCCUCAAGUGUAAUGGAAUUUUUACCGGAUGAUCCAAAUGCUGUAAAACCUACAACAACAACAACAACAGGUGAUUCAACUACGGCUGGUGCAAGUGAUUUACCUGAUGGUGAACCGUUGACACCAACUCCCGUUCAAAUCAAACCGAGAAAAGAAAAGAAACGUAUGUCAACUGUAUCACAACGACGAAGACGAAGUGGAGAUAAUCAUCGACAAAGACGUUUAAAAUCACAACAGAGUACAGCAAAUUCAUUGACAAGUAAAAAACCAAUAUUUGAAGCACAUAUCACAGCACAUUUUCAAGGCAUGACAUUUUCUACUACACUUCUUCCAACGUUAAAAGCUCAAUAUAAAAUUGGUAUUAUUGAAGGUGUGGCAAAUAUUGGUUUAAUAUCAAAAUUUUCGGCUAUUAUGCGUGAGCAUGCUCUUCACUUUUUAAAUACAUCUACACAAGAUGAAUAUUCAAGUCUUUCAUCGAAUUCGGAUAACCAUGUUCGAAUUGAUUUUCCUGUUAUUCGUAUUAAUGGUGAAUAUUUAGUUAAAAAUGAACAAGAACUACAAGAAAAUCAACCAUUAACAAAUAAUAAAACGAAUGGACAUUUAAAUUUGAAGACACGAGUAGAACUAUUAAAUUUAACAAUAACUGCUGAUUUUCUUGCUCAACUGGUAUUCGUCUCAAAAGUCAUUAUUCGUGAAAUUAAUGAAAUUUUAGCAAAAGUAAGUGGUAUUGAACACUUUCAUUUUUUACCGGCCAAACAACAACCACCAACAACAAUAAAAACAGCACCAAUUAUGAAAAUAUCGUCAUCCGGUUCUGAAUCAUCGACUGAAGAAGAAGAAGAUGAUGAUGAAGAAGAGACAACCGAUGCUACAACUGGUCAACAAGGUGGCGCUAAAGUUGUUCCAUUCACAUAUAAAAUUGAUUUAUUAAUGCGUGGUUUUGAAGUAACUGGUAUGACACCGUCGAAUACCGUUGUCAAAUUUGAAAAUGGACAAAAAUCAGCGAUUCUAGUAAAAAUGACGAAUUAUGAUGAUGUUCAUUCAAUUUUGCUCUAUAAACCAUUGAUUAAUGCAUCAUUAGAUAUUAAAUUGAGUUUGGGACAGUUAUUACAUACUGGUGGAUUUCAAGAUGCGGCAUAUUUUAAAACAAAAGUAUUAUUGAAAAAAUCAUUUCGGCCUGAUAAUCAAGAUAAAGAGGCCUUUUUUCUACGACUAACAAAACCGAGUUUCUAUUGGCAACCAGGUGCCAUUGAUAAAGCAAUACUGUUCUGGUUAAAUUAUAAAAAUACGUACGAACAUUGGAAUGAACAACGUGGUCAAUUUGCCAAUGAAAAUUCUCAUCUUCGUCAAAUUGUCACUGUUACACCAGAUCAAUUAAAUUUAAUGUUUCAAUUGAAUAUUGUUGAUUUAGGCAUCGCCAUACCAUUACAAUAUGUUACUCCAUUGGAUAGCGCUACUCAACAAUCACUUGAUUCUUCAUCUACAUCAGCUGAUAGUGGUGAUUUUCUCGUAUUUACGUUGGAAAAAACGACAAUAUCAGCGUGUUCAUGUGGUGCCAUCAUUAGUUCUGGAUCAUUUGAAGGCUUUUGUUUUCGUUUUGCUGAAAAUUUUAAACAAACAAAUUCCGAUUGGAUACCAGUAAGAAAAGAGAAGGUUAUUAUGAAUGCAUGUUGUGUACCAAGUGGUCAAUAUGUUAUGUAUUCUCGAGCAAAACAAAUAAGACCAGGCUCUAGUCCAAAAUGGUUUUUAAAUGUUGAAUGGGACAUGAAAGGUAUUGAUAUUAAUCUUGAUUCAAUUAUUGGAAAACGUUUUUCUCAACUAAUAACAACAAUUACGUCGACACAUUUGAUGGAACCAGUGGUGACUGAUGAUAGUGGAUCACUUAUUAAUGGUGGUGAUGAUUUAAAUUUAAGUAAUGGUAGUCAUACGGUAGGAAAUGGUUCAAGUGGUAAUAUUGAAUCACAAGAUGAAGAUGAAAAAGCUAAAAAACAACGACUGGAAUAUGAACAAGUAGUUCUAGGUCAAAAAAUUGAUAUGCUCAAGAAAGCGAAUGCUCCAUUCGAUCAAAUUCAACCAGAAAUGGCUCGUUUUAAACGUUUGGAACAAGAAUUAAUGCAAAAUAUUCGUAGAGAAAUACAGCAAAAAAUGAAAAAACAAUCGACAAAACCACAAACUCAGAUAUUGUCUUCGCAACAACAGGAAAUAUUGAGACGUACGUCAGGAGUUAGUCCUUCAUCUGAUCAAAUAAUGAGUCGAGAUAAAGAUAUAUGCACGAUGCAUACUGUGAUAAAUCGUGAUCGUCGAAAUGCGUCAGAUCAUAAACGUGCACAAUCGCAUGAUUACACGUCAAAUUUAAGAAAUGUCAGUUCAUCUGACAAAGAUUUACUACCCUUUCAUUCAUACAGUCAUCCGUCACCUAUACGAGAAGAUGAUAAUGAAGAUAAUUCAAAUACACCUAAACCACCCUUAUUAAAUCGUAUUCCUCAAUCAUUUGAUAUUGAUGGGAGUCAACAAUUACAUUCAUCAUCAAAUAAUAAUUUAAACAAUAAUGUUGGUAUCGGUGAAAUAACGACGGCACCAGCUGUCGAUUUAGAACUCAAUGUACAAGUUCAAAUUGCCAGUGGUUCUUGUAAUUUAUUUACACGUCGUGAUUUACUUCAAAAUUCUCAAAAUAAUAAAUUACUUCCAUCAGGUUCACAUUCCAUAAAUACAUCGGCCACAUCGAAACAACAACCAUCCACUCAAUAUACUGGUUUAUCAGUAGUUGUUAAUAAAAUUGAAUAUCAAGUAUCAGAAUUUUCUUUACCCGGUGUUCUUGUUGAUGCACAUUAUGUUUCAAAGCAUGAUUCGGCCAAUGAUACAAACGAAUUAUCAUCAAAACAUCAAACAAGUGUUACAAAACGAGCAAAUUUUUAUUGUCGUGCAACUAUUCAAUCACCAGUUACUAUAAUAACAAUACAUCCGCUAUUAUUAGAUUUUGUUGAACAAAUGCUUGAACAUGUCAAUUUACCCGAACCAUCAAAAAUAAAACAUCAAACAUUAGCAAAUGGACAACAACAAACGGAUGACCAAGCAUCAGAUAGUCAUCUAAAUGCCAUGUUUUUAAUUGAAGAUCAACCAACAUCAUUUCCCAUUGAUGUUGUUGUUAGUAUAUUUAUUCAACCGUCUAUUCUUUUAUUUACAUGUUUACCAUCUCAUCCCAUGGAAUGUGAAUUAAAAUUACCGGCUGUUGAUGUUGUCUUCUCAUCCAAACGUGCAAAUAUUGAAAUAGAACAAUCAAGAAUGGCUACGGAUGAUGAUGAAAAAAAUAUACAAGUUAUAGAAAAUUCUAUUGGUGGUAUAUCAUUUUCAUUAUUUAUGAAAGAUUUUAAACUUAAUAUUUAUCAUCCAUUCAGUGGAGAAUCAAAAGUACAACUAUUUGAAGAUAUUAAAUCUGGUCAAUUACAAACGCGUAAUGCUCUCUCUGUUAGUGUUCAAUCUGUUUCAUUUAAUAUUUCUCGUACACGACGUACUAUUAUUGAACAACAACAAGAACCUGUUAAUAGUGUUAAAUUAUCUGUUAUUGGUCUUAUUAGUCGUGCACAAUUUGAAUAUGAUAUUCGACGUUUUUCAGAAAUAUUAACAUUUCCAAAAAUAUGGUAUAAUCGAUCGUUGGCUAGACGUUUGUUUCUAGGUGAUGAAAAUAUAUCAACACAAGAACGAAAAUCAACACGAGCAAAUAGUACGGUAAAACCAGAUGUGCCAACAAAAUCUUCUAAAAGUGGUGAUGCAACUUCAUCCGGUAUGCGUACUGGAGGUGGUGAUUCGUCCGCUUAUCCUUCUCGAUCACAAGCAAGUCCAAAUCAAACAACCCCGAUGGGUUCAAAUAUUAGUACAACUCCAACUGCUACCACUGCAAAUAUUCACAAAUGGAAAACUCGUGUAUUAUUAGCAAUUAAUUUAAAAGAAUUACAUAUUUCAAUGAGAAUGAGUAAUGUCAUGGGAAAAGUAGAAUGGAAAACAACGGAUGUUUGUUCAACUGGUAGUUUAUCAUUAACAAGCCAAGGACAUCGUAGUCUAUUUUUUUCCAUAGGAUUACAGAAUUCAAAUUUUCAAGCAGAACAAGGAAUUGUAGGAGGAAUUAUUCGUCUGAAGAAUCUUCAAACCACAGGUUUGAUACGUCAAGGUGUUCGUGAUAAAAUGUUAAUUGAAUCAUCACAUGUUUUUGAUGUAACUACCGAUGCUAUUGAAUGUCGUCUCGAUUAUAUGGGUUCACCAACGCUUAUGGCUCGUAUUUGCUACAUUAUUUUACGAUUGAAAGAUGAUCGUCAUGCUUCUACAACAACGACAGCUGUCACUCCAUCUACUCUUGUCUUUUUAAAUCUUGAAUGGUCACAAGUUCAUCUAAUGAUUACUCGUUCCACAACACCUGAUAUCAUUAAAAUGGCUCAUAAACUUAAAGAAUUUUUUAAAUCACAAAUUGCGAACAGUAAAACUUUAUUAACAUCAAUUCAAAUGGAUUUUAGAGAUCAGCAACCUUCGGCAACAGCUCCUAAUAAACGAGUGAAAGAGAAGGGUACUGCUGAAGUACCACCAACAAUAAAAAAAGAAAAGAAAUAUGAUCAUAAUGUUGUAAAAAGAAUAAUUGGUAUGAACGGUGGUGAGAUUAUGUUACAAGGAUAUAAUCUGACGUUAGUUGUAUUUCAUGGACUCAACUUUAAAUGUCGACAAUGGGCACUUUUUUCAUUGAAUGAACCACAAAUUAUAUUUGUAACAGAUAAAACAGAUAAUAAUGAAAUUAGUCAAAAAUUAUUUUUCUAUCUUGGUCAUCAAGAUGGAAAGAUGCAAACAGGUUUGAAACCACGAACAAAUAUGGCAAGUAUAUCAAAAGUGACAAGAGGCGCAAAUGAAGCACCAUCCCAUUUAACAAUUAAUGAAUGGUUUAAUUAUGCUAAUUCGACAAUACCCGCUAUUGGCUUAAGACCAUUUCCCACAAUGGAUCCUGAACCACAGAAUGGUCGUCCACAAGGUCUCAAUAAACAUCUUGAACAACAUCCAGAAACCAUAUUUGUACUGCCAGGACUUGAAUUAAGAUUUCAAACAAAACAACACAAUGGAAAGGUUCAUUGUAGUUUUGAAACUGAUUUUUACGAACAUAUUAUGUUUUCGUUUAAUGCUGAACAUUUUUAUUUCUUACACGAUCUAAUCUCAUCGUAUAUGAAAGAAAAAGAGAGAGCACUUGUACAAGCUUUAAACGAUAAUAAACCACAAAAUCCAUCAGUCAAAGAUACUCCACCACCACCACCACCUCCUCCUGUAACUUCUCCAGCAACUACGGUAACCUAUACGUCUAAUCAACAAACAGUUCAAAUGCAAAUACCUACUUCGCAAGCAACAAAUGUUAUGAUAACAAAAACUGAUACAGAUAAAAUUAAAUCAGAUGAAUUAUCUAAUGACUUGAGAAAAUUUACUUGUCCAGAUUCAAAAUGGAAAUUAGAACCAACUAUACGUUUAUUGACAGCGUAUGGUAAUGAAGUUGAACCAUUUGGUGCCGAUUAUAUUUUACAACGUUUAGGUUUUCGUCAUGCUCGUUUAACCAUACCAAAAUGGUUACAACGUGGUAUUAUGGAUCCAUGUGAACAAUCAAUGACUGUUGUGAUGCUUUUACUUAUAUUUCUACUUCCCGAACGUUUUAAAGAAAUGUGUAUGAACAGUCCUCCACCAAAUACUCAUACAAAAAAAGAUUAA